GAACCUCGAGACUUCCUUAAUCGAGCACCAGCUAUUAAGCGACGCACACCACCCGCUUUGAGCUUAACUGACACUGCCGUUCUGUCCUGCCGAUGCAUAGAAAAAAGCUGCUAGAAUAUUGGCCUUGUUCAGCCAAGUUUACGAGAAACAUAGGAUAUUACAGUUCUUCAGGUCCUGUUGAUAGAAUAGUCUCGAACGGAGCUCGUCCAGUUUGUUCUCCAGUGAUUCUACAUUGGCCAAUAGAAGAGCGGGUAGAGGCAGAUUAUUUACUCGCCACCGUAGUUUCAUCAGGGUACCCGGAUGUCGGCCUCUAUAUCGCAGUCUCUUUCUCUUCUGAGUGUCUGGGAUUGGGGCCUGGUCCGGGGUGAGCAGUAUGUCCUGUGCCGCCGACUCAUUGAAGUAGAAAUCUUCAUCCAAAUCAAGUUCUGACCCAAGUUGAGGGAAUCUCCUAGCAGAGAGGAUCAUGGGAGGAGCCAUGGUAGACGAUGAGCCUAGUGAUGUGAAGGCGCCAGACGGAGGGUGGGGCUGGGCCGUGCUGGCCGGAGGGUUCGUCAUCACUGGGUUCUCCUACGCCUUCCCCAAGGCUGUCAGUGUGUUCUUCAAGGAGUUGAUCAGGGAGUUCGGAGUGGGAUACAGCGACUGUGCGUGGAUUUCUUCUAUACUGUUGGCCAUGCUCUACGGCACAGGUCCACUGUGCAGUGUGCUGGUGAACAAGUUUGGGUGUCGGCCAGUGAUGAUGGUGGGAGGGCUCUUUGCCUCCUUGGGAAUGAUCCUGGCCUCCUUGGCCACCAGUAUCAUCCACAUCUACAUCUGUACUGGAGUUAUAACAGGUCUGGGGCUGGCGCUGAACUUCCAGCCGUCUCUGAUCAUGCUGAAUCGUUACUUUAGUGAGAGGAGGCCUCUAGCUAACGGACUGUCUGCUGCCGGGAGCCCUGUGGCCCUCUGCUGCCUCUCUCCUCUGGGACAGGUGCUGCAGUACCACUAUGGCUGGAGAGGCGGCUUCCUCAUCUUGGGGGGCCUGCUGCUCAACUGCUGCGCCUGUGGGGCCCUGAUGAGGCCCCUGGUGGGCCCCAAGAAGCCCCAGGACAAGGAGUUGCAGGCUGUGGGCGAAGCAGAAAAAAAGCCCCAACUUAAGAAAAAGCUCCUGGACUUUAGCGUAUUUAAAGACCGAGGUUUCCUCAUCUAUGCCAUAGCUGCGUCCAUCAUGGUACUGGGUCUUUUUGUGCCACCCGUGUUUGUGGUGAGCUAUGCCAAGGAGAUGGGGAAUGAAGACACCAAGUCUGCCCUCCUCCUUACCAUCUUGGGGUUCGUUGAUAUCUUUGCCCGUCCCACAUGUGGGCUGAUUGCAGGGAUGAAGUGGGUCCGGCCCAGAUGUGUAUAUCUGUUCAGCUUCGCCAUACUCUUUAAUGGCAUCACCGACGUGAUCAGCUCACAGGCGACAGACUACCCUGGUCUGGUGGUGUUCUGUAUCUUCUUCGGGCUCUCUUACGGGAUGGUGGGGGCGCUGCAGUUCGAGGUUCUCAUGGCCAUUGUGGGCACCAAGAAGUUCUCCAGUGCUUUAGGACUGGUGUUGCUCAUGGAGGCUAUUGCUGUGCUGGUGGGACCGCCUGGAGCAGGUCGUCUGCUGGACGCCACCCAUAACUACAUGUAUGUGUUUCUGCUGGCUGGCUGUGAGGUCAUUCUGGCCUCCAUCGUCAUCUGCAUGGGCAACUUCCUGUGCAUCAAGAAGAAGCCAGAUGAGCCUGAGGCCAAUUUAGAGAAUGGAGCCCCCGCAGAGAUGGAGAAGCUCAACAGUCUGCUGGAGACGGAUGGAGGAGACCAUGAGAGAGCGCAGCCGGCGGGGGUGAGUGGCGGCUCCGUAGAGGCAAAAGAGGGAGCGGAGAAGAAUGGAGGGUUGGGGAACCCAGAGACAGCUCUGUGAGAGAGAGCAAACGAGAGGGGAUAUUUGUUAAUUGAUUACAAGAGAGAGACUGACAAUCUUUAUAAAACACUGCCAAUAGGGAUGGACAUAAAAGUACACACGCUGGCGGAGGGAGGGAUGAAGAGAGGGAUGGAUUGCGGUGUGCUGUACAUGUGUGUUGUAUGCUUUAAUAUACACAGCAAAUUGGCCAGUGUUACCUAGUGUUGAUUUUUCAGUGUAAUUAGUUUUGUGUUGAUUCAGGAUUAACGUUAAAUCUGUAAGUGUUAAAUUGACACUGAGUGGUGUAAUAUAACCCCAGUGUCUGUUAAUAACCAAUGUUGAACCAAAACCAGGCCCAUCAUAUUUCCCAGCAUGCUCAAUUGCAGGUUAAUUUUUCGAAAAAAAAUAUGUAAUUCUAUGUUUUUGCAUGUACGUUGAUUGAUUGAUUUAAUGUUGUGCUACUCAAAUAUAAA